AUGACAACUACUAACAUUCUGUCUAGUUAUACUGUUAUAUUCGUAUUUAUAUUGGUGGCUGGAUUAUCCGGUUUAACCUGGGUGUUUGCUCCUAAACAGAAUCAGACUGUUUGGAGAUCAUCAGUGAUAUUGGGAUUGGCCAUGUGCUACUUGAUGUGGGCCAUUACGUAUCUUGCCCAAUUGCAUCCCUUAGAAGCUCCUAGAAGGUCUGAUUUGAGACCAGAAGCUUAA